AUGGACAAAUUACCAAAGAGGUUCCAUAACUAUCUAAAGCACUCGGUCAGAUUCCGAUGUAAACUCAGUCCGCCGCCAAAAAGUUCGUCAGAGUUGAAGUUUGUUUUAAACGUUUUGGAAAAAUUAGCUACAGUUGACAUUUUGAGAUCAACUUCAUUGACCCCAUUGGAUCCCAAAAAGUUGCUUGAAUCUGGUUUUUGGAUAGAUAUACUAUAUAGUCCAUGUUAUCCGAAAAGUAUAUUUCUGCCAAUGUUACCAAAAGGUGAUUUCCCGCCUUUGAGUAAGGAAUCAAUAGCAAAGAAUAAACUUGCACAGUCAAAUUUUAUUGAAAAGUUGAAUAGUCUAGUUGCGAUUCCUCGGUUCCACGCUUUAGAAACGGACACUGAGUACAUUGAAAACCAGAGAGGUAUAAAGCUUGUUCAUCAGCUUGUUCCCAGUGCAAUGUCGUACAGAGGGAAUUACGAAUUGACAACGUCCACCAUAGACAAUCCACUAAUAUCCAUAAAAAGAAAGGAGCCAUUAGUAAAUGAACAUGUGUUGAGAGCAUCGAUGCGACACAACUUUCAGUUGUUUCAUAAAUUCGAAAGCAUAGCAAUUUAUAAAAACGGCUUGUUCAAUCUUGUGGAAAUGAAUUAA